UCUCCAUCAGCGCCGGUGAUCACUAGUGAAGUGAGAACCUCCUCCUCGGUCGUCGUCCACACAAAACUAGCCCUAGGCCCUAGCAGCUUUAGAUCACCAUGCCGACCCCGGCGACCCGCAAGUCCCUUGACGAGCAGCGUGCCCUAGCCAAGCAAUGCUCGCGAGAGGCGGCACUCGCAGGCGCUAAGGCUGCAGCUAUAGCGACCGUCGCCACUGCCAUCCCCACCCUGGCGAGCGUGAGGAUGUCGCGAUGGGCGAAGGCCAACAUCAACCCUGCUGGCCAGGCCCUCAUCAUCUCCACUGUGGCUGGCAUGGCGUAUUUCAUCGCCGCCGACAAGAAGGUGCUCUCACUGGCGAGGCAGCACUCCUACGAGAACGCACCGGAGCACCUCAGGGACACCUCCUACCGGGGCACCGGUCGUCACCACCCGUCCUUCUUCAGGCCAUGAUCGAAGAAGAAGCUACCUCUUGAGCAGUGCGUAGUUCUCAACCGUCGAUGUUGCGUUGGAUGUCUAAUAAAUAAUUUACCAUAUGCUAUACUUGUCAGCCAGUACUAGUCUAUACUAUCUACUAGCUAGUACUACACCUGUACACAUCGAUGUGCUUGGAGAAACUAUAAUAUAUGUGUGUGGUGCUCAAGUUUAUCGUAA